AUGCAAGGGCAGCAGGGUAAUAGCCGCAACGUUGGAAAUGAGAGCAAUUUGUAUGAGAGUGGCAGACACUGUGGUUCUCUGAUUGAGUGGGUUAAGACUGCAAAUUCUUCACGAAGCAAAGCACGCCCGGGACGAAUGAGAAGCUGGUGGAAACUCUAUCUCGCGCUAGAAAAGCAUCCAGGGGAUGGGAUCUGCGACACUGUAGUGGGUGGACGGCUUGAGACAGUGAGAUGUGGGGGAUUAUACGGGUGUCGGCGAUAUCUCGACGCUGUCCCGAUCCGUGCCUUGGGAAGGCAAGCUGGAUCCGAGAGAAGGGCAGCAAGGUCCCCACGAGAAUCGAGAGGGAAUACAAUACAUCAAAGGGAAACUCGUCAUACGGUGGGUGUGGUUUUUACAGUAACAUGCGAGCCCCCGCAUCUGGACCAUCCCGUCUCCAAGAGCAUCGAUUUCAUCAGGAACUCCCUCCUGCACCCGCCACUUGUCAACACCUGCUUUUCGCUUUUACAGCUGUCAUAUUUCCAUCCAGAGCAGCCACCCACAUUUGUUAGGGACUACAUUUGUGGCUCCCAUACUGUGGUUCCGAGCACGGGUGGUGCCAACGAACCCCAGAUGAGGGCGAUCGGAUUUCUUGACCACCUACGCAUUGCUCUUUUCUUGACGACGAAGGAAUGUGGAUGA